CAGGGAGGGACCUCUUUGGGGCAGCUUUUGAACUUCACUGCGAAGGACAAAGAAAAGCUGCCUGAAAUGGAGAUCAAGAGACUGCAGAAACAAUUUCGGAUAGCAGUGGAGAAGAGGAGAUGUUAUGCUGCCAAUGUGAAGCAGCAAAUGCAAGCUCAGGAAAAUGGCGUCCUGGCUCAAGAACACAAAGGUGCGUUAUUAAUGCUGAACCAGAACACAUCCCAGAGAAAUGCGAUGCUGGAUGACAGAGUUUGUAUGGAGUUACGACAUCUUUUGCAGCGCAAACAUCAGUACGAUUAUUUGAUUAGAGACAGAAAAGCCCUGUUAGCUGACCUGGACAACCAGGUAAGAGCGGCUGGAAAAAAGAUUGUGAGACAAAACCAGGUAACAGCGAAGGCGGAGCAAGCGAGGAAUAGCAAACAAGUGCAACAAAAGCAGAUUGAGACAUUGGAGAUGUGUCUAAGCACUGUCACCGUCCAGUUUGGUACCAUCCUGACCAGAAACAGCGAGCUCCGAGAAGAGAUUGAAAACUUGCAAAUCCACAAAGGCAUUUUGGACAACAUCUUCUUGAAGCUCCAUAAGAAGGUCAAUCAGCAGAGGAGAAGGAUGAACAAUGCUGUUCAGCAAUCCACAGAAGCCUUCCGGAAGCGGAUGGACGCUCUGGCAAGGAUUUCAGCCAUAAACAAAAUAGACAACGUAGAUACUGUCCAGUACAAUGCCGAGCUGCAGAAGCGGGACUUUGUCAUUGACCAGGAGACCAAACUGAAAACCUUCAUGCUCGCCAAAUGUACAGAUCGCUUUGAAUUGGAGGAAGAGGCCAUAAAGAAAAGAGCCUUGAAGGCAGUCGAGCAGGCCAGGCAGAACCAAGGGGAGACUUUUGCGAGCCGGGAGGUGGCUUACAGGCAACUGAUGGAGCUGGCGGAGGAUGGAGACGUUGACCAGCUGCUGGAUCGCUUCAUUGAAAAGGAGAGGAAGAACUUUUUCUGCUUCCUCAGUGCCAUUGAGCUGAGCAAUGAGUUCUGGAGGAUGAAGCAGAGGAUCAAGGGCCUCAAGAAUGAAAUUAAGACCAUCGUGAUGGAGCGGGAGCACGUGGAGAGCAGCACCCUUCAUGUCCUGAAGGAGUUGGAGGAGAAAUUAAAGAAAACCACUGAGGAAGCCAACUGGUAUGAAGACAGAUGCAAAGAGAGCAGCAAAGUCCUGGGCCAGUUCAAAUCUAGCGUGGAGGUCCUGUCAAAAGAAAUCAGCUGCGGUACUAUGACGAUCGUGAAGCAGCUCGGAGAAAACAGGCAGAUGACGGAUCUGAACCUGAUGCAGCUUUUGGAUCUUGUGGAUAAGAGGACCAACGAGCUCCUGCUGAUGGAGGCCGUGCUGCGCUACACAUCGGCCCAGGACUCACAGCCAGGCCAGCCCUCUCUGAUUCUCCAGAGCAGGAGCGAGGAGCAGGGCAACACCACCGGCAAGGGCAAGAAAGGGAAGAGCAACAUUAAAUUAUGA